CUUUAUUUAAAGUUUAGUUGUCUUUUACUGCGUCGUAGUGGAUGUUCGCCAUCUUGCGGUUGAAUUUUGCGUUACAACUUAAACAAACGUGGACAUGUUUUUUUACAUCAAAUUUGACAGUUCAAGUACAACCAACCACAUUCACAACAGCAGAGACAAAAACAUAAUACAUAAGCCAUUUAGAUUUUUAAAUGACUCAACUGAGAGACACGCAUUUUGGUGAGUCCCACAGAAAGACGAGAAGUCAGAUAAAGGGUGGAGAUGUAUGACUUCACCUUUUUCUUUUUUUAUCUUCAGGUAAGCCGCUUUUCAGGAAGUUGCCUUGUAAUAAAUACACCUUCCAUACAAGCCUACCAAGUUCCCUCUCACACAAACACACACCUUUUCAAUCCUCAGUUUGACUGAUGGUUGAACUGUCAUGUUUUGGUCUCUUGAAGCCCAAUGAAGAAACAUGAAUCAUAGAAAGACGAUGCAUUUACCUCAGCUCAGCAACGAAAUGCAGCUGAACCUCAUGGACAUGGUGAAAUCGGGCAAAAUGAGUAUCGACGAAGCUGUAAAUCAGGCUAGAAGUGGCUCAGAACAGAAACAAAGGAACUUAGACCUGGAGGAAGAACAGCCGUCACAGUAUAACUUCAGUGUCCGCAAGUUCAACCGCUACAUAUGGCAGAAGCGAGUGCUGCAGAUUGAUUUCAGCACAAGCCUAAUAUGCAGCAUCGAGAAAGGCAUUGUGAAACGCCAGCUCCUCUUUUCUGAUGUGAAAAACUGUCAUGAAGCUACAGGUACCAGGUUCUCCAUUUCGUUCAGAGGUCGGUCUGACUAUGAGCUGGAAGCUGCGUCUUUAGAGGACAAGCAGAAGAUCAUGCUGCUGGUUAAUCAGAUCAUCUACAGUAACAUAUACAGCCCUCCUGUGAAUGGGUCUGUUGAAAGGAAAAGCUCACACUUGCCUCCGGACAACGUCAAAGAGGGACAGCUUUUGCUCCAGAGAGGAGGACUGGCAUCAUUCAAAUGGAAAAGAUAUGAAGCUCAUCUUCAGACUGGUCAGCUGACAUUGUGGACUGUUGCUCAGCAAUCUGCCAGCAGUAAUCCAGACGACUUGGUUUCCUCCAGUGAGACCGUCUGGACUCUCUCAGACAUUUACGACAGUGUGGAUGAUAUCAGGUGUGCUGAGGCUGAUGGGACAGCUGUUAUCAUCCAUCUCUCAGACGGUAAUGUCAGGGUGGAGACCUCCUGCACCACCGACACCUUCACGCUGAUCAACGACAAGAAUGACUUCCUGUUCCGAAUACCAAAAAGCGAAUAUAUGACCUCAGAGGCAAUCAAAUAUGAGCGAGACGCCUGGGUGAAAGCGAUCAAACAAUUAUGUGUGGACUGGAAACGAAAGUCACAACAUGAACACUUCUAUGAAGCCCCUGAAAGAGAUCUCAUUGACGGUACAAAGUCAGAAAGUAAGACACCGAACGACCGCGUGCAGGUCACGCCUCCACCAGUGCCACCGACACCGAGACCACGUUUACCCAAAACACUCCCAGCUGAGCUUGUAGACAAUCCAACAACACUAGAGCCAGAAAUCGUUUCCAUGAAAGCGUCAGAACCGAAGCCAGCCCGGACAGCAGAGUUCAGAUCUGUGCUCAAGCCAACCUCACCAGUGGCCACAUGCCCAUCACCGUCUCUGACUUUGCCUGUGCCGUCAGCAGGCCCAGGUCCUGUACCGCCCGUUCCUUUGCCCCCUCCGCUGCCCAUGAGAUCCAAGCAGCUUUCAGAGAGGACAAAAGCUUUUCAUUGGGACCCAGUGGCUCAUGAUAAGAUCGAGAAGUCAAUAUGGUCUAGCAGGAACCCCAGGAAGACUGAAAUUGACACCUCACGCUUGCUUGAGCUGUUUGGAGUGAGAGAGUUAGGCGGCCCAGACCGAUCGGAGUCCACCAGUACUAUGGAAAUCAUGUUGAAUUCAAGGAUCGCUCACAAUUUCAAUAUUUUCCUCAAAAGUUUCCCUGUGCAUCCAAAAGAGCUCAAGGACAAAUUGUUGAUUAUAAAUGAAGAGGAAGGGGGUCUCUCAGACGAGCAUAUUGCCUCUCUCAGGAGAUACGUGCCCACCGCAGAUGACAUUGAGAUGUAUAAAUUGCAUAAAGGAGACUUGACUGAACUGCAUGUGGUGGACCAGUACAUGAUGGAGAUGUGUAACAUCCCGGACCUGAGCGCCCGCCUGGACCUGCUGCUCACGCUGCGAGAGCUGCCCAUCUGUAUGGAGGACCUCACGCCGCUGAUUAUCCAGAAGAUCCGCAUGUGCCAGCAGCUGUGGGCUUGUGAGCCAUUUGUCAGUGUGCUGGAGUACCUUCUGGCCGUGGGCAAUUACCUCAACCAGAACGCAGGCAAGGACAGGACCAAGGGAUUCCGCCUCUCAUCUUUAACUAAGCUUUCUCAGCUGCGCGGGAACAAUCGGAAGUUCACCUUGCUGCAUGCCCUUGUGGAGCAGAUCAUGUUGCGAGAACCACGUUUGGCCACCUUUUUCCUGGAGCUUGCAGAAUUCGAGACUGCUUCUGGCGCUUCGGUUAAAGGUCUUACAGCUGAGGUGGAUGUUGUGAAGAACGAGUUUCAGAAGGUCAUCCAGUACAGGAAAGCACAAAAACGGAAAAACACAGCGGCCAAUCAGCACCCCAAAUUCAUCAAAGACUUGAAGAUGGCCAUCGAGAAGCAAGAGGCUGAUUUCAGACAGCUGAUGAAGAGGUGUGAGGAGAUGAGGAAGCUCUACACUGACAUAUUGGUAAAAUUCGGAGAGCCUUUGGAUCAAGACUCCCAAGAACUUUUCGGAUGGAUUUCCCAAUUUAUUAAUGACUUCAAGAAAGUAUACUCUGAAUACGCUCAAUGAUCCUGAAUCUGAUGCAGUAGGUGUUCGAUCAGUCUUGUGUGAAUUGGCACCUGCUUUCUCAAACAUUUCAAAGGUGAGAUGGAUGUCUUGUAGAAAGAGACUUACCUACAGUAUAGACCACGACCAAUGAUUUCAGGAUCUUUCCCAGUGCUGGUGAUUUGGUUUGAUUUGAUUAAAAGGAUCAUGCGGUUCUUUGAUCCGGUGCUACUGCAAAAAGCUUGGAUUGAUUUUCCAAGCAGGAGCAAACGUUUACUGGAGCCACAUAUCAUGUUUGUUCUUUUAGAGUGUAUGUAUAAUGGAUAUUAGUGACAUAUUCACAGAUGGCUGGUGUGAAAGAGGCAUUCUAGCCACUUGAAUGGUUUCCUCAUGUGUCCGUUGAAUCUCUGUGGCCUUGAAAUGUGUGUGUAUUUUCUCGAUGAUACCGAAUCGUGUCCUCGGUGGCGGUUCAGCACAGGACAUCUGCAUUUCACACUAUUCAGAACAGACCCCUCUUCAUUUCCCAUUGGAUUUCAUUCAUAAAAUGAAGAGGACGAAUUAAAGAAGAAACUUACCUUUUUGAAGUCUGAUUUGCUGCGCGUAACACUAGGAUUUCAACGCUCGUGACUUGUGAUCCUUUUGUAAUGAACAUCCGUUGCAGUUUUUCUGCCAUUGCAGAAAAUGUAAAGUCUGUCAUCUUUUACUCAUCUUCACGUCUUUCCAAACUCAUAUGACUUUCUUUCUUCUUUGAAGCACAAAAGAAGAUGCUUGGCAGAAUGUUUAAGCCGCUCUUUUCCGUUUAAUGAAGGUGUUUGGUCGCUUCUCUGCUUGGAUCCUAUUGAAUGAACUGGGCUAUCAAAGUGUCUCGCGAUUGAGCGCACGCAC